AUGGCGCAAGCUCAACAACCGGCAGCCGUCUCGGUGCCGUCAUCACCUCAAGACGAUCAGAUCUCGCUUCAACUUGCCUCUGAUGACGUCUCGAGCCACGCGGGCGAGAGUAAAGACUUUGCCACCGCGCUCCUCACCACAAGUCAAGACUCCGCUGCGUCCGAGUCACGCUUCAUCACCGGACGGUGGGAGCUGUGGUCCUAUAUGAUCUACAGCAUCGGCAAUUCUGGUUUGGGUCCGUUCAACUUUGCGCCUUCGCAGUUUCAGAACUUGCUCUCGCAGCAGGCCACCAACGUAGGCGCGGGCCAAUGUGGAAACGAUGGUCAACCAGACUGUAGGCUGAUGUUUAUGGGCAAGGACCGGACAGUGGAGAGCAUCGUUCUGCUGAGCAAUGGGGUCUCUUUCGCCAUCCAAGCCGUGCUCUUUAUCGCCAUCGGCAGCUUUGCAGACUACGGCAAGAACAGGCCUUACAUUCUGAUCGUUUGCACGGUUGUUGCUAUCGGCAUCAGCUUUGCUUGGUUGGGAGUGACAAAGCCGGAACAGUGGCAGAUCGGCACGGGGCUGUACAUGGUCGGCCUGAUUGCGUAUCAGCUCUGCUUGAGCUACUGGACUGCUGCAUUCCCUGGACUGGCCAGGGAUCUGCCGCACAUGCGCGAGGCUCGCCAAAAGUUGAUCGAGGACUCGUCCAUCUCAACAGUUACCGAUGCGAAAGGCAUCGAUGACAACAAAGUCACACCAGCAGAGGAGCAGCCGAGCCAAGUGUUGACCAACUCAGAAUCCAACACAGACGGACCAAUGACGGCAGACAAGUACAGCCUUCUGGAGACCAUGGCCAUCAACCGCAUCAGCAACGUCGCCUUCACUGUCUGCUCCGUCGGAGAGCUCGUUAUCCUAGCUGUCAUUCAAGGGAUGCUCUACGGCAUUCACACCGACCGAGACGAACAGUCCAACACGACGGCACUCUCGGCUGUGGUCGCCUUCAGCGCGGGAGCAUGGGUGCUUUGCGCCAUUCCCUGGUUCGUCCUGGAAAAGCAUCGACCUGGACAGCCUCUCCCGCCCGGCACCAACUACUUGACUGCAGCCGUCAAGCAGGCUUUCCUCGCAGCGAAACAUCUUCGUCGCCUGCGGCAAACCCUCAUCUACCUCAUCUUCUACUUCCUCUUUUCCGACGCGCUCAAUACCACGGUUACGGUCAUUUCGACGAUUCAGAACCAAGUAGUCAGCUUCAGCACCACAAAACUCAAUCUGCUGCUUAUCGUUGGAAUCGCAGCCCAAGGAGCCGGUAUCUAUGCAUUUUGGCUCGUUCAGAAACGCUUCAAGCUCUCGACGCUCUUCAUGUUUUGCUGGGUUGUCUUCUUUACGAUCGUCCUCCAGGUAUGGGGUUUUAUCGGCAUCUUCACCCAACGUUUCGGAUUUCACCACGAGUGGGAGGCGUUUGCCUACCAGGCGUACUACGGGCUGUUUGUAUGUCCUUGGUACGCCUACGGCCAGACCAUGAUCGCAGAAGUAACGCCCAAAGGAUCCGAAUUUCUCUUCUUCAGCCUUUUCUCGAUCAUCGGAAAGACGAGCGCCUUCAUCGGACCUUUUGUGACACAAGCCAUCGCAGACGACACCGGCAACGCUUCGACGCCCUUCUACUUCCUUCUCGCUCUGUCUCUCGGAAGCUGCGUGCUUCUCUGGCCGCUCGACAUCAAGAAGAGCAAGAUCGAGCAGGCGCGUUUCAUCGAGCACGAUGCUAGGGACAAGAACUUGGCCAAGAGCGAUAUUGUGACGCCGCAGACGUUUGCUGACGUGGUUGCUUGA